AUGGAUCAGGCAGAGCUUUGCCGGAUAUUCCAAAUGUUCGACAGGAACGGCGACGGCAAAAUCACGAAGCAAGAGCUGAAUGAUUCAUUGGAGAAUCUUGGAAUCUACAUUCCCGACAAAGACUUGGUGCAGAUGAUCGAGAAGAUUGAUCUCAACGGUGAUGGAUACGUGGACAUCGAAGAGUUUGGAGGUUUGUACCAGACGAUAAUGGAGGAAAGAGACGAAGAAGAAGACAUGAGAGAAGCUUUCAAUGUGUUUGAUCAGAACCGAGACGGGUUCAUAACGGUAGAAGAGCUGAGAUCUGUGUUAGCUUCCUUGGGACUCAAGCAAGGAAGAACCCUAGAGGAUUGCAAGAAGAUGAUAAGCAAAGUUGAUGUUGAUGGAGAUGGUAUGGUGAAUUUCAAAGAGUUUAAACAAAUGAUGAAAGGUGGUGGAUUUGCUGCCUUAGGAUCAAACUUGUAA